AUGAAGGUAAAUUAUGCUGAUGACUACCCGUACGUGGUGGUCGAAUUUUUGCAGUUACCGUAUGCAGAUAUUGGCGACUACGUUUGUAUACCUCGCUCUUGGAUACGGGUCCACAAAGCGACAAAUAGAAAGAGCAUAGUUGCAUAUCCUGAUGAACUUCCAUCGAUAACUAAAAUGCGAAUUAUGAACUGUGAUGAACCUUCGGAAAAAUGGGAACUCUACUUAGCAAUCGUAAAAGUUGAAAAACGUUCCUAUAAGGAUGCUUAUCAGUAUAUCAUGGAGAAAAUUCAUAAUGCUUCUAAGAAUAGUCAUUCGGCUGUGAUAAGAACCAGUUAUAAACGUGUGCCAGUCACAGCAACAAAACGAUACAGUCCGUUGCUGAAAAUAGUCAAUCUGUCAAAUCCUCAAUCGCAAAAGAAUAGAAAUAAAUUGAAAGUAGUAGAUAAAGUGGAUAAAGUAAGACAAAGUGGUACAAUUUCAAAUCCAAAUAAGCGUCCUCAACAUUACAACGUAGAAUUGAGAACACUAACUUCAUCGAAACCGACGGGCUUCUUUUUUUCUGAAAAUACUGUGAUUAAGGAAAAUUGUAAAAUAGAACAUCAAGAUCAAGCUUCUCGUGAUGAUCGAUCAAGUUCUGACGAUUUGUUACUCAGAUAUCCCUACAUCCAGCGAAAACCGGAAAAGGAUAAAGAAACCCGAAUUAAUAGUCUGGGAGCUGGCUUUCGAAGCACGGGAAAAACCUUUUAUGCUUCAAAGUUUUCCCCAACGUUUGUAAACCAAAUUUGUGGUUAUACGCCGAAGCCAGAAGAAAACCGACUGUUUUCAAUUUAUCGGAAACAUUUAGAUCACAUUGCAUUGACUCAAGGAAUACAAGACAGCAGGAUUCCGAAUCUACGAACCUUUACUCUUGAUCUUCCAGAACCUCUGAUCCAGGACCCAAAUAUCGGAUCAAAUAUCUCGUUUGCCAUUCAAAACCCUACGAAUGAAAAUAACCAAUUCAGUCAAAUAGAGAUUUUAAAGUCAACGCCGGUUAUUCAAGAGCAUCCACAAGUUUUGCCGAAUCAGAAGACACCUGACCAAUCUUCAGAAGUGAAGUGUGCUACUUCCGAACCUACCACCCAUAGUCAUAUGACGUGUGCUUCACAUGCAUCGAUUGUCUGUACAAAUUCAGCAGAGCAUCAGGAUUCAAUUGUAGAAGACAUGGUCGUUGACGAAUUGACUGAGGCGAGCUGUAUUGAACAGAAUGUCUUCUCUGGAACUAGAGCAGAGAAUGAAUCCUCUGCUAAUCCAAAAGUUCUGGAAGAGACAAAUCAUUCAGGGCAGGCCGUAGAGAGUUCUAUGGAGGAAAGAUCACCGAUGGUUGAAGCAGUUACGUCGAGUGGAAUAUUGUCGUCGCAAGAUGUUGAUUAUGAUGAGCAAAGUAACUCUUCAGAACUAAGUUCAGACGAAAUAAUAACUACUAGUCCGAACUCUCAUAAACAAGCGAACCAAUCAGUUAAUUCUGUAUUGAACCAGGCAGAUGUCUGGGCGGAGCAAUUAUUUGAUCUUUUUCAAAAAAUGAAAAUCAACUUUUCGGAAACCUGUCAGAUCGCUCAUGAAUUGUACGAAUCAUUAGUUCAGUCCCAAAAAGUGAUCGAAUGUAUGGCAAAUGCAUCAGAAAAUUUGCGAGCAUUGAAGAAGGGCAAAGUCGCUGUAGUGACGUCUAAAGACGUUACGGCGGAAGUUCAACAAAGAGCUGAAGUAAAUCAAGUUGAGAGGAAAGAGGAAGAAAGCCCUGAUGUAAAUAUGGAGGAAGACAAAAAGGAAGAUAACGAUGUGGACUCUAAAAGUAGCGAAAAUUAUGACGAUAGGGGUGGAGAUACCAAAGAUGUGAAACAUCAGGAUGGGGAUAAUAAGGUUCCGAAAACGACUCGUGGCCACAUUCGGUCCUUUGUAUUACCUCCGGAAUACGAUCCACAUGAUACUAAAUGGACACUAAAGUACCGUGAGAAUGAUCCGCAACUUAACCUCGUUGAACUUGUCUCUGGAAGCAAUGUAUUUAUCAACUCUAUAAAACUAGCGCAUUGUAUGCGAUCUGCAAGAGACAGUAAAGCGUUAGCUCGAAAGUUAUUAGAGGAAAUUUUUACUCCGAGCGCGUUGAGUGUUUGUUCACUAACAGGCGUUAGAGCUAACGCUUUUGAUAUAAGCGGCGAGAAUGUCAGGCCUGGGUUAGAUGCGAAUGCAAGAAUGGCUAUAUUAACGUUCGUCGAAAAGCAUGCUCUGAAAAAAAAGUGGGGUGCAUUUGACUCGCAGAGUGUCAUUAAUACCUUACGCAGCAAAAUUCAGGAUAUAAGAGCUAAACAUGCUAAAACAUCGUGA